CUCACUUUGAAAAGAUGGCGGCAGAUGUUGGUGUGGUACAGAUCGCAUAGUGUUCUCUUUGCAUAACGUGUUUCGAACAUUGAAAAAGGCAAGAUCAACUUCAGGUUCAGAUAUGUCGGAUCGGUGGGAAAAUUUGCGAGAUCGCUUUAAAAAGAAGGAUAUCGAUUUGGACGCCGAAUUUGAAAAGUUUCUAAAUGAGGUAAGCAAACUUUACAUGUAAGCUUAACUUCAAUUAAAAGGUGUAAGUUUAUUUAAGCUUAAUAUUUUCUGGAGGAAUUAAACCUGAAAUAAGGCUGCUUUCCAAAGUUCUAUGAUCUGUCAGACUUGUAGUUUCUCAUCGUAUCUUUAUAUUGAGGACCAGUCAUUUGAAACCCCUGGACCACCCCCCCCCCCCACCUCCAUCGGGGAUGACCGAGGUAAUGCGGGGCCUUUCACUUAAAACACACUCCAUUCUUGCUCCCCAGAAAGCAGGGGAUAUGCUAGAAAUCAUGGUCUUCACCUCCCUGACUGGAAUAAGCGGGGAAGUCACUCAGUGGUCAUGAUUUUCAUUUUUGCACUGGGUAGUAAUUUUGCUUACAUUUUCAUUGCUUCUUGUAGCUAAGAAAGACAAAUGUAUGCUUUGCAAAGUGUGUUUUGAUAAGGCUUUCGUAAGACAUAAACUGUACCAUUAAUACAAGCAUAUAAGGAGUCUCUUUAUAGCUGUGUUGCAUCUUAUUUAAGCUGGAACACAUUUUUUUGUGCCAUUUAUACAAGAAGUUCAUAAGAUGCGUCUUAUUUUUCCCCACAUAAGUAGCCCAAUUGUUUGAUAACUUAUGAUGUAGCUGUAUCAUGGAAAUGACAAGAAAGACACUUUAUCUUGUAAUGAUUGGGUCAUUCUAUAAAAACUCCAGAAGACUGUAAAACAUGAUUUGUAAUUUUUUGUUAUCUCGCAUUUUGUGACUUCAAGUUGUAAAAAUAGUCUUCACUUUCACUUCACUUUCGCUCUCCAUCUAGGGUUUGCAAGUGUUGCAUUAGCUGCUCCGAAAUCAUUGUAUUAUUUUAUGGCUAUCUGCCAUCAUAUUAUUUUGUGCAUCCCUUGUCACACCUGGCCAUAUCAAGAUUUGCUGACGGUUUUAAGAAAGGGAACCAUGUGUGUGGGACGUAUGGGGUCCUACAAAAUGUCAAUUGAAUAGAAGCAAGCUUUGACAUAGGCAAAAUGCUUAAAAAUUACAUGGUGAUUCCCCGAAAGUCUUUGUGCAGUUUGAUGAUCCUGCCACAUUAUACAGUACCACUCAAAAUUAAAUUGACAGUCUCAACUGGAAGUGAUAAGCAAGGUGAUAAUUGAGAAGAUAAUAAUUAUGCACUGCAAAAGCCAUUUGCGCAGGGUGUACUUCACAAUUAUCCUUUAAAACAGCAAACGGAGUGCAAUCUAUUUGAUGAAUUUGUUCCUCAAGAGAUUAGUCAAGGGACAUUGACUCAAAACUUUGGACUCAAAACUCAAGUCUCGAUCCUCGAAAGUUUGAGGAUCAAGAUUCAAUUCUUGAGGAUUGGAGUCACUCGAGUGCUUGUGAACUUACUUUUUGGCAGUACUGAAUUUACAUACCCCAAUGUUAGAGAUGCUGCAUGCACUUGAAAUCUUUACAUUCCCUUCAAUUUAAACUAAUCUAUAUUGUUUUUCAAUUCAUCCUCGCAGUCCAUGUCAGAUGAGUCAUCAAUGGGCUCUCCACGGAUAAAGACUCCUGAUUUGAAGACAAAGCCAGUUGGAGAUCAAAUGCCUUGGUGGGCCGAGGAAGAUGAUGAGGAUGACAAUGAUAAAAGAGAAGCUACUCGUCAGAGCUGGCUGAAACCAAAGAAGUCAGAGGUCAAAGAACAAGAAGAACUCAAACAUCACGAUCAAGAUGCAGUAGACAAUGUAAGAAGAUUGUGCAUUGAACUUUUCUCUAAAAAUGGCUACUAGUAAUCACCCUAUAUGCGGGUGGGUGAAAGCUUUACAGAAUGGUGAACCUCAUUAAUUUAUUGUUGAUUUAGCACACACCCACGAUGAUAAACCACAGAUAGGGUGCAAAAAUUUCUUAGAAAAAUUGUCAGUGUUUAUUUCCACUUUUUAGAGCAUAGUAGAGAUCAUUUAUCUUGCAUGGGGGUGGGAGGGGGAAGUACUGAACAAAGUUUUUUUAGGGAGGCUCUGCCCAGAGGUCCAACUCUUUACCCUUUUACAUUAUAUACCAUCUUUGACGGAAGAAAUACUCCUUCUGUGUACCUUCUAUUGGCAGAUGGAACCCCUUUGACAUACCUAAUUUGAAACUUUGCGUCCCUUUUAAAGCAUGCUGUAAAUACACUGUCUUUAAAAUAUGAAUAAAUCACAAAACCAGAAUGCAUCUGUUAGCUCUAUUGGGUAUUUUUACAGACCAAAAUGACAGAUUUCUCUAUCCUUUCAUUAUACUUCAACUACAGUAGUAAAAUGCCUACCUUUUCAUUGAAGCCUAAAAAAGGUACCCCUUUUGGGUGGACCCUCCCUGUAUAGGUCAUUAUAGGGAGUAACCCCCCCCCCCCCCCCCCCCCCCCCCGAUGCAUCGGUUAAGAAUGAUAAUUACUGGUUUUCUGUCCUAUUUCUGUCCCAACCCCCUAGUAGAGUCGAGACACUAGCAUUCCAUGCAUUUACUCUACACCAAGCUAUCUCAUCUCUAUGGUAUCCAGAAGUGUUUUAACAUAAAUUCAAUCUUCCUAGGCUGCAACUCCAAUUGUUCCUACAGCAGUUCCACACUCUGCCAAGGGUUCACUAACAGCUCUUUCUGCUGGGAGUCAUUUUGACAGUUCAGCUUUGUCAAUCAGUAGAGACAGUCUUGAGGAAGGUAAACUUUCAAAUACUGUACAUCAAUACCAAAACAUUGAUUGUGUUUGUUCAGAAUGGAUGAAAUUAAUGCACUCCUUAAUUUUUUAUGUUAUUACCGUAUUUACUAAUGUUUAAAUGCACUCUCAUAAUAUAAUAUGAAUCCUAACUGCAGGACUUGCCAAGUCUACAGAAAAGACAAAACUGCCUCCUGAAGAGAUUCUUAAAAGGUUUGAAGCUUUCUGUCACAUUGUAUCUGAGCUGAUAUUUUAAAUAAAUAUUAUUCACAACAACAAGUUUUCAAAGGACUACCUUGGGUGCCAGAGACUUUUCAUGCAGGGUUUCUGAAAAAAACCUCUGGUACUGGUCCAGGGUAUAUAUUAAGGGACUGGCCCUCCAACCCUUUAAAUUUCUUGACNUUUCAUGCAGGGUUUCUGAAAAAAACCUCUGGUACUGGUCCAGGGUAUAUAUUAAGGGACUGGCCCUCCAACCCUUUAAAUUUCUUGACAGUGUAAAAAAUUAUCCAAGUAUAAAAGUAGUUCAUUUCAAAUUACUGUAGGAAGGUUGCAAAAUUAAAUAUCUUGUGAGUUUUUGUCAGGGAAUCCCUCCAUUUGUUUUUUCAUAGUUAUGUCUUGAGAGUUUCACUUAAGUUAUACACUGUUUUAAAAAUCAUUUGUAUUCAUGUCCACAAACUUCAGCCACAAAAAUGAAAAUGAUAUAUUCCAUGUAGCUUAGUAAUAUUUAUACCGUCAUCUGUUAGGCUUGGAUCUGAGGACUUUGAGGAUACCUUUACACAUAGUGGUAUGUAUUGUUUUGCUUCACAUCUUGUACACUGUAGGUACAUGUGCACGUUGUACAAGAAGUGUAUGUCAAACUGAAUCAUUAAUAUUUAAUUACCACUGUUGCAUUUUUAUUUUGCCAAAAACCUGUUCUGAAUCUCAAUGUGUGCCAUUUUAUUUUUGUUUUUGUUUUUUUAAUUCAACACGGCUUUCAACUUGUCUGCUUAGUACCAAGCUUUAAGUUUAAUUUGUUUCAUAAUCAGAUGAGACUAAAACUGGAACGGGUGCUAGUCCCUCUCCUCCAGUCCCCCAAUCUUUUGCCACCACCAAACCUACCAGUAUGGGACUGGAAACAAUGAACGAACUGGCUGACAAAGAGAAAUUCUUUUACAAUGUUGAGGAUGGGUCAUCACCUGUUGACUAUCAGAAAAAACUUGGAGAAAUUUCAACUUCAGAGUCAGUUACCCAAGAAAGGUAGGAUGUGUAAAAUCUAACUGUAUUAUGUUAGUUUGAAAGAUUUGUGUAAUAUAAUUCUGUAUACAUAAUGAGUUGAAUAAGGGUCUUGAAAAAUGUUCUGUACACUUAAACAGAUUAGUGAAAUGAAUCAUUUUUGUCUUAAACAGGUUCAGUGUUUGAAGGCCUUGGCGGCAAACCCCUACCAAAACUUCCUAUAAAGGGGCUAUCUAUCUCAUGCUGUUUGCCGUUUUUUUAAAAAGCUAAAUUUUUUCCGCAUCAAUUGAAUUCCAAAAACCAAUGGUCCAGUUUUGUUAUUCAAGUUUUAGUGUUAUGCCUGCAAAAAUAACCAAAAGAAAUUAGUAUGGCUAAAGCUCCCUUAUGAGAUUUGUUUGAUGUCUACUUCAUAACCGUACAGGAGCAUUUUUUAUAUGGGUAAAGACACUAAGUAGUGAAUUCAUUACAGAAUUGACUUAAAACAGCAAUAUUCUGUGACGUAGCCACUUUAAGUUCCCCGUCCCCUGUAAAAAUUACAGUAUUUCACAUGAUAUAAUAAUUUCCUCAUGUUGACGGUCACAUAACUGCGAGCUGCAAAGGGCCUAUUUCAGGUCUUUCCUUCCUUUGGCCUCAAAAUCGCCUGGAAUUUCAAAGAAACAAAGAUCUUUGGCUUUUGUAGAUGAUAACAAAAGUAAUGGAAGAUUGCUUUUCCCACAUUUCAGUUGCAUUGAUGCUUCAUUUUCAUCUGACAUACUUUUUAUGACAUGGAAUGCACUUUCAGGUGCAAUGUAGAUUUUAAUAGUAAUGCACAAGGAAAGAAGGUCAUAUUAAUUUGUAUUUGUACGUAUUACAUGUACUUCCCUUUUCAUGGAUAUUUUGUAAAAUUAAUAAGUGAAAAUUUGUCUUUUAAUCUUAUCGACCAUAAAAAUGACAUCAAAAUGUUCAAAACUUUGCCAUGAAACCACUCACCUUCAGCUUGUGGUUCCACUUGAGUUUGGAACAUAUUAAGGUCAUCUGUAUGGUCGAUAAGAGUACAGAUCAUGGAGAAUUGUUGUCGAUUGGUUAUAUACAUGUUUACAUUGUAUUUUUCUAUAUUAGGAGGGAAGAUGACAGGUUACAAGCCACAGGAGCUGAGCUUGGGGAUUCAAUAUUCAAUAUGACCGGUGAGGACAAGGUUUUUGCUUCCAUACACGAUACAUUUCUUUACAGCAUCAACUCUUCUGUCUCAGCCCGGGUUCAUCUUUAACUCUCCUCCGAAGAGAGUUGUCUUCCUUAUGAAGUUCAAAUUUUAACGAAAAGCAAGUAAAUGUGGAUUGGACUCGCCAACUAACCACGCAGUGAAUAGCUAUGGAUAUUCUGAGUUAUGGGAGCCAAUUGAAACGCGUAAAAAAUUGCUAUCUACUGUUUUGGUAAAUAGUUUAACAUUCAUCAUUGUCGUCCUACAACCUAAUGUAAGAACAAAUAGGUUGGGAAAACCAACCGGCAGGAGGCAGAUUGGCCGGCUAGUAUUUACAAGGGUGGAUGAAGAGUUGAAACCUCCUGACUACAGAGAGAGGUCUAGAAAUUAAGCUGUAACCUCCUGUUUGCGGCAUCUUUGUAUCUCGACGAUCUGGUUGGCUGCCGGUGGUUUGAGUUAAAAUACACGUCUGUAAACCGCUGGUAACCGCCUUGUGAUAGAGCGUUGUCACCGACGUAAGCAUUUCGUUCGCUGGAAAAAAACCAGGCACUUCAUAUUCCAGAAUACUUACGGUGUAAACCAAGCCAAACAAUUGGCGAAAAUGAAUUUACAUUAUUUUUUUUGUUUGAAAACCGAGAUUAGAGAAAUCAACCCCUGUUUUGUUUUGUUAUUUCCUGUGGUACAAUUUUUAUUCUAAGAAACUAGAGAGAGUUUCUGCAUUUUUAAAAUGCUUCACUUUGUGUAGGAACAGCCGAUAAAAUGAACAGAACAGCCGUUGAUGAUGCUGUGGAGGAUAACGAAGAACAAGAUGAAGAAUACAGUGAUAAUUUUGAAGAUGAGAAAAUUCCGGAAGCAGAACUGCUCGAUACUGAAGGUCCACCAAGGCCUACAGCUCCCGUAAGUACUGUAUGACGUCAGUGAUGACGUAGACGAAUUUCGUUUUUUGAAAACCACUGUCUGCGUGCACUCUAAGCAGAGUGCAUCGUGGGCUCAGUGCUCAGGUGCUUAACCUCGCGUGUUUGAUCCCCGGGGCCGGACCAAUACUCAGGGUCUCAAAAUAACUGAGAAUGAAGUUACUGCCUUUGCCCUGCAAGCGGUCAGACUACGAGGCUCGCAUGACCACGUAAAAUGGCGGUCCCGUCUCCUACUGGAGACGUAAAAAGUAUUGCCCUCAAUUCCUCAAUUAUUUCUUUCGCGUUAAAUGCAUUGAUACUUAAAGAAAGUGGGGUUUUUUGUGAAAGGCCUCCUGGAAAUCCUCUUGUCGUUAGGUUUUGGUAGUUUUUGUAAAUGUUACAGGUCAAAAUGAAAUUCAGGUCAUUUUUUUAAACCCGUGUUGAUUCUCAAUUUCCUUUGUCUCCUAGCCUAAUUUAGGAAAAUGAGAUUCAACUAGGUUAAAAAAUUUUAACCUAAAUAUAACUGUGACCUGUAACAUAAAUACUAUUAUACUUUGUCUCUCGAAGUUGCGCGGAAUAUAAGGCUUCGGAAAUCUUGGUUAAACGAUAGGUAUGAUAUUGAUAGCGGUAACUUGUAUUUUACGUUUUAAUUAUCCUCUGAUCAGACAGUUUCCAAUGCUUUUUUCUGAUUGUUUGUUUUUGCCUCUCGUUGUGGUAGAUCUGAAUAAAAGCUCAUUGUGUAUUUUUUUCCUUUUACUUUUUUACUAUGUUUCGCUUUUACUUUUUAUACCAGGAACCUCCAGAAGCAGCCAAACCGAGCUUGUUAUCAAAAGGUAUGUACACAAAUUAAUACUAAAUUUUUAUGCUUGGUAGUUGAGUAGUUGAUCAAAGAAGAAAAAAAGAGGGGAAGAACAUACGAUUUUACUGUUGUGGGUUUAGGGCUAGACUAAACGUCGAACUUUUCAGGAGACGAACCAUUAGUGUCGAUUUACUGAGUACGAUUGGCACAUAUAGUCGUACUCAGUAAAUCGACACCAUCACCUGAUGAAGUCCUGCAGGACGCAGUCGAAACGUCGCGAUCAAUAUCUAAGUCACCACACAAACCACGAUGAACAACAUCUUUCGUGGCAUUGAAUUAAUCAAGUUUUCUAAAUUGCAUGCUGACGUCCGAGUUUACAGUUCAUACAAAACUGUUGUCCUCUCAUCCACAGCUUUGCAUUUACACAUGACAUUAAUUAGCCCACUUCCGAUGAGUCUUGACUCUAAAAAAAACGUUUUGACAUUUUACUUAUAUUUUAAAACCAGUUUCUCUGAUGGAGUCGCUAGAUUCUACUUUGGAAACCAAGAGACCUGCAGCAGCCCUCAGUCUUCUCUCCCAACAGAAAAAACAACAACAAGUUGUGGCUUCUCCUGACGGUAAGAAAUCUGCAUGUAUAUCGUUUCUCUGGUAAAGUCAAAUUACACUUGUAAACGUUUUUGGAAAUAAAAAAAUUUGAUUUUAAAAUUCUCGUUCCUAAAACGUGCGCGUCACACGUUCAAGGUUCAAGGCGUCUUAUUUCAUUCAACUUGCGCGGGGGAAGGCGGUGGGGGGCUUGGAGAAGGAGUGGGGUAAUUUUUGUCUCAGGGGCGUUUUGGCGCACAUCGAUAAAAGAUAUACACCGUGCAAGUUCGUGUGUGUUUGCAUUUUCUUUGCGUUUUUAGCCACCGCGGAGGAAGUAAGCCCGGAGGGAAAAGUGCCUUCAAUGUUAAGAACAGGAACUGAGUAUGAGGCAAGUGGGAGUACAAGAGAUAUUCACGAGCUUCAAGCUGCACUUCAAGCCGCUCAACUUACUGUAACCGGUACAGGUUCAAGAUACUCAGGUAAAAUUAAUUUCAUAAUGAAAACUUUAAUAGAACUGGAAUGUUUUCCUCAAAAGGGUGCGUUUUCAUUGGCAACUUGUAGGUCACAUGGCAUCUGACAAUGAACUGUUUCCCGCCAAAAUUCUCUAAUCAGUUCGUUAUUUGUUGGAGUAUAAUUGUUACCUGCAAAGGUUGACCGCUGAUCCUCCCUCGCACAUGAACAACGCGUCAAUGAAAAUUUAAGUCGCUUUCAAUUUGGAUUAACUAAUUUCUUUGUCGCUCUCGGAAACUUUGGGAAUUUUUACCUAUUUUUCUGAGGACAAGAGCCUUGAAAGUGUUGAUACUGUUACUAUCAAAUUUUCCCGUUCUGUUUAAGGAGAACGUUUCUCACUUUCAUGCUAAUUUUUGAGAUUCCUUCUCCAGGCAAUUUGGAACUUCCGCCCACUUCCAGUGUCAUUCAAGGUGUUGACCAGUCCAAAGAAGGACAGAUUGUCAUUGAGAAAAACGAUCAAGGAGAAACUCGGGCGCGUGGAUUCAACCUUCAACCAGUUGUUGUGACGGAUGAUUGGCAGGCCAGUAGUGCUGCCAUGACAACACAGGGAAAGAACACAAGUUCGUUUAUCUCUGUGGAUACUGAAAGAGGAUUUGGGUUAAAGCCCGUGAAGAACAACUCAGGAUUUAAGGGAUCGGUGCAGGGUAUAAUCCAAGACCUUGGCUCAAGUGUUAUGUCCUCUGUUGAUGACGCUUACAUGAAAGUUGACAUACUGGAGCCACAUGGCCUUGACCUGACAUCUGCUGUAACCUCAGGAGGUCGAGGAUUUGACCUACAGCCUACAGAGGAUUUCCGUGGAUUCAGUCUCCAGCCGGCUACCGGCGCAAGAGGAUUAGACCUUAAACCCGCUGUUGAUGCGCCGCCAGACAGUGUGGAAGAUGGACGAGGAAUUGACCUGCAGACAGCCGCGGAAGAUGAACGUGGGUUCAGUCUGCAACCCGUAGUUAACUUGUUGGAGAGCGAGUUGAAGGAAGAUCAGGAGGAUGAAGAUGAAGAUGAAGAUACCCCUCCGCCGGAAAGUUUACAAAGCAUCAAGAAUAUAGCACGCGCUAGAAGAAGCGCAGGGAAAGAUAAUCUCAAGAAAAGUACUGAGGCUAAAGUUACAGCGAAGAGAACAUCAAAGGCUGACAAAGAGAGAUCAAGAAGAACGAGCUCGAUAAAAGAGAAACCAGCGCAAAAGAAGGGGAAGGGAAAGUUGGGGAGUACCUCGGUGGAAAAAAGUCACCUGUUCAAACCAUCGCCUUCGUCAGCUCCCUCUUGGUCACCCACACCUACGCUGAGAAGCACGAGAACGAAGGUGCGUUAGUUACUAAUUAAAAGCGCUUAAAAUGCACAGUAAUUUUCAAGGAGUUAUAAUAACUCCUUUAGUGGGGCUAAUUUAACUCCUUACAGUGGAGUUAUUUUUUGGGGAGUUAUUAAUUUUAACUCCAAAAAAGAGUUUAAAGAACUCUUUUUCAGGAGUAAAAGUGACCCCAGAUAUUGAGGAGUUAAAAUAACCCCCAAAAAGGAGUUAUCCUGUACCUAAAAUUUUUACUCCACUUUCAGAGUUAAAUUAACUCCAAAAACAGUAAUAACAACCCAUGAAAGGAGUAAAAAUAACCCCAUUUCGGAGUUAUUUUAACUCCAGACUGGGAGUAGAAAAAACUCUUUUUCAGGGGGGAAAAAUUACCCCAAAUUCGGAGUUAAAUUAGGAGUUAAAGUAACCCUCAAAAAGGGUGUCCUGUACCUAAAAUGUUUACUCCAUUUUUGGAGUUAUAAUAACUCCCUAAAAAUUAUAUAUCUUCCCAAAAUCUCUUAUUUAAACAGUGAAAUCUUCAUCGCCUAGAUUAAAAAAUUACAAACCAGAUAAUAAUUCCGGUAAAUCACCUUACCGUUAGUCUAUUUACUUUCGUUAUUUUUUUGCUUCUUUCAGACAAAUAAAUCGCUUGGAGCAAGUAAAAAGCUUAACCUUGAAUCAAAAACGAUAGAAUCUAGCCCGUCCGCCAAACACCUCGCCGCGUCUGUAGAAUCCUUUGCAAACUAUUUAAAACAUUUUGUCCGUCCCGAUAGCGAAAACACAGAGCCACCAGCGGCAAGAUGGUCUAGGGACGAGCCUGCUAAAUCGGUUUCCCGAACAUCGUUCCGAAUGGCUUCCGAUGAACACCGACUUUCCCGCGAGAAGGCCUUGCAAGCGGAGGUGGAGAACUGGCAGCUGGCAUGGAAGGACGAGAAGAAAAGAAACGAUAAGUUAAUCGCGGAAAUGGCGUCACGUGAAAAGGAGUGGUCAAGACGAGACGAGAGGAGCCGUUUGGAAUAUGAAAGUCAGAUACAUGAACUGAAACAAGAACUGUUUGUAAUGCAGUCCAAGCUGAACGAGUUUGAGAAGGAGGCUGAUGUCAGAAAGAAAAUAGCGGCUGGAGGAAAUCUUGAGGUUUGAGGCUAGCUUUCAAAUAAUAUUUUUUUAAAAAAAUAGCCGAUUCAAUGUUCUCGGUGGCUUGAGGUCCCUGUCAUAUUAUUUAUGGUUAACAAACCAAUGAAAUGGCAAGCCAUUUCAAUAUAACAUUUUUAACUCGUGGGGACGCGCGAGCGUACCAUGAGUUAUUGCAGGGACAGAGAUAUGCAAAUGAGUCACUCGCUCACUCGUAGUAGACGGACUUCGUAAUUAAUCUGGUCCGAACUCGAGAGUGCGAAGAUCUAUCGCUUCCGAAGAAGCACGCGCUCUUGAAGUUCGGUGGGAUCAAAUUCUUCGCUGAGAGCGUGCAUCGUUCGGCGUUCGCUGCUCAGACUCAGAGUUUUCUUCAUGGCAAAUUUUCUACAGCACGGUUAGAGGUCUUACCAAAUUUAAGACACGUAGGAGUCUUUCAAAUGAGUACGAUGGUUAACUUGGGGAUUGGAUUUCAAGAGCCUUUGACUCGUCCAGGCGUUAAACUUGAUGAGAAAAUGAGCAAUUACUCUUCUGACUCCGAAAGAUCACGGGGGAUAUACAAAUUCCAGCUUGCUGGAAAGUGAUCUGAAAGUAAGAAAAUGUCAUGCCAUGCUAUUCUUAAAAACCUGUGUGAGCCGAAAAUGGAUGUGAUUUUGACCAUUAGCUUCAAAAUAACAGCAGAAAUCGAGAUAAGAAAACAUAUGUUUUACCUCCUACUUCGCUGACGAGGUGUAUCGGCUUUGUAAAGCACAUGUUAUUUUGUUCAUUCGUUGCCAUGAAAUGCGUUGACAUUGUUUUUUCACUGUCAAUAGCUCGGUUAAUGCGGCUCGAUCAUACUGAACGAAUUUGCUGGCGGAAGUUCCAUGGAUAACGCAUUAAGUUAAAGAGUUUACGCCAGAGUGAUGUAAUCAGCCUUCGUGGUGUAGUGGUAUAGUAAAGUCGCAAACAGCCGAAGGUUCCCGGGUUCAAGUGCUGCUUUGUACCAUUCUUUUUUAUCUUCUUUCUUUCUUUUUUCCCGUUUUGGCUUGUUUUGUUUGCUUAUUUGUUUUGUUGUUUUUCUAUAAAUAUGUACCUAAAUAACCGUUAUUUAAUAAAAUGCAAUAAACAAAAAGAAAAGUAUUGUGUUUGCAGAGCAAAGAUAGUAUUAAAUAUAUUGUACAUGGAUAAACAAUCUGAAUUUCUAUCAUUUCCUACAAUUUACUGUGGGAAAACCAGAGUUGAUAACCAUUUGAUCAUUUUCUAAACAAUGUUCCCACGAGUUGACGAUAGGCUUUCUUUGAUUUUUUUCUACUGCGAAAGUCGCAGUUUAUCAUGUAGCCAUGGUAACAGUGAUCUCUUCACGUGUGAAGAUAUCAUGUUUUCGUGCGAAAGCUGACCUGGUAUUUCAUUGGUAGUUACUUAAAACUAACCUGAAAAGAGAAGAGGAAAUACUAAUUUUAAGAAAAGGUCGCUUAAAUUUCAGAAAGACUAUCCGUUCCUAUGAAGGUUUGUCCUGCAAAUCACUUAUUCCCAAAUGUGCGCUCACUCACGAUAAGCUUCGUCAUAAUUUUUAGACAGUAACUUUUGAAUUGCAUGCAUCUCAGUUGUAAAUACUUCAUCAUUUUUUUUUUCUCGUCUCAGAUUGCAUCAGAAGAAGAGCUGAAGAGACUGGAGAAAGAGGUCCGCGAGCAGGAACAGCUUCUAACAGGAUAUCAACAGGAAAAUGAGCGGCUUUAUAAAGAACUCAAACAAAUGCAGGCAAAGGAAAAAGCCAACGAGGCGAGAAUGUUCAGCGAAAACCAAAAGCUAGGUAAUAAUGUUAGAUUUGCCCCACUUUUAAACACUCGCUUGUGGGAAUGGUUUGGUUACUCGCUAUACCGAUUGAAAAGAAAAAACAAACGAUAGUAUGAAAGUGUUCUUAAAUGGGUUUUGGCAUGUUAAAAAACUUCUUGUUUGAUUUGGCCAACUUUACAUUUGGCCAACUUUACACUUUACGUAUAUACCUACUAAAAAGAUAACGUAAAUAGACAGAUGUGGAGGUGCACUGAAAGUCAAAACACGCUGACAUUAAAAGCAAAGCUUUGUGUAAAGGACUUAUGUCACGAAUUUCUAGUAUUACUUUAAAACCCUAGAACGCACUUGAGUCAAAGAAAACGGUUUUUGUAUUCAAAUUUACUCAACUAAUUUGCCUUAAAGUGUAUGUCUUUGGCUUUCGAUGACCAGGAUGGAAAUUAAACGGACUGCAACUUGAAAAAAUUGGGCCAACUGUUAACUCUGUUGCCGAAAAAUGACCACAACAAGAUCAUGCUUUGUUUUCCCUUCAAUAUAAUUAUUUUACAUCUUUCUUUAAGAGUUCUAAGUAAUUUCCCUUUUAUUCACUUCUGAAAAUCAUUGUACAUAAUUUUAACGUAGUUUUUGAUUUUUACAAUUUUAUCGUGUAGUCGUAGUUUACGCAGGGCUCCUUUUGAUACCAGCCAAUGGCUGAUAGGGCUACCCUGCCUGAAUAAAGUUGACUUGACUUGACUUGACUUGAGAAAUGGUGACUGAAAAUACUUUAAUAGUUGAAAUUUCAGCUUAUCGUGACUGAAAAAUGUGGAACUCACCGUGAUAUACCCUCUUUGAAUAACCGUUCCUCUUUUGUUCAGCAUCUGAACUUGCAAAUCUGAAAGAAAAGGUGGAAAGACGUGAAAGUGGAGACAUUCCCGCCCCAGGCUCUGCCAGUUUGGGAGCGGAUAAAAUCUCUCAGCUGACAGCAGAGAUGAGAACACUGAGGAGAAGAGUGAACGAUGUGCAGGAGGAAGCGGAGGGCCUGAGGCGAGCUAAGAGUAAACUCGAGGAUCGUAUCAGGGGUGUGGAGGGUGAACGAGAUGCAGCAGUGAAACAAAGCAGUCAAGUAGUUGGUAAGUAAACAUCCGUUAGUGUACAAGUUUUUACUGUUCCUAAUGAUGGAAUGUAUAUUUUGUGAGCAGAGAUUAAAGUAGGUAAGUGCGUAAGUAAAUGGCACGACAGGACCCUGGGAACGAGGUUUCGGUAGUAGAGGGAUAAGCAGAUAUGCUAUGUCUGAAAGCAAUAGGACAAGGCUGGACGCGCGUCACACUUUUUUUCAUCCUUCAUAUUACCUUCUUUAUUUUUAUUUAUUUGUCUUCUAUUAUAAACGGCCCAAUUAAUUCACUUAAAUCCUAGUAUCUACAUCGUUUUGAAAUGUUUGCCUUUUUUAUAUAUCGCUAAGAAAUGGAGAAGUCACCGGGCGUGGAAAAUUUCCAUUGUUAUUGUACUAAUUGUUAUAUCGUACUAAGUGUACCCUUUUGUUUGUGUGUUUGCAGGCUCGAAUGCCAGAGAAAUAGCUGAACUUGAGAGUAGAUACACGACAGAAGUGGAGCGCUUGCGCAGUAAACUCAAAUGGUAUGCUGAGAACCAGGCCCUACUCGACCGCGAUGCCCUUACACUGAAGAAGAAAGAGGAAGAGAUUAGCGAAUUGAAAGAGACUGUAGCUCGUUUACAAGCCCAACACGGCCAGACCAUGGCGGAGAAAAAACAGAGGGGAGUGGAGAGAGCGACUGAUGCCAAACGAAUACAAGAUUUGGAGAGACAGGUGAAGCAGGGUUUAACUGUAGUCGGAAUUGUUUUUGAUAGCUUCCCUUUUCGGGCUUGUUAACAGCUAACAGCUAACAACUAUUUGCCUCAGGCUAGUUCGGGUUUCUUAGAGCACUUAACAUUUGUCACAACUGGCUGGCCCGACCAGUCCAGUCCCAGUAAGGAGAAUUCCACUAUUAAUCAGGGCUAUUCAGCCAAGGCAGUUUAUUUUUAAAAAUGGUGUCCACGGCAGUGAUGGGUUUUAGAAAAUAAAAAUAAAAUUUUCAGAAUAGGUCAGUUCUGACUUUCGGAAAGCGCUUUUAGUCGUCAAAACUGUUUGCAAAAUUUGUUUUGGUUCUCGGCGACAAUAUAAACUACUGGGUCAACAGUUUUAACGUUAGCCCUGUAAAAUCAAUUAUUCUCAGCAUUGUAUUGGACAGGCUUCUCCUUCAAACCCAUAACAAACACGUUUCAUAAAUAAAAGAGUUACUGAUUCUGAGGAAAACGGGAGGUGUUGUGGCCAAUGUCUACGUGGAAAUUUAAGGGGACCUUGAAAUAUUUGUGCUUUUUUACAACUCGGACUAUUGUCUUUAAAUAGCAAGAAUUGAAAAGAAUGAAACUUUGAAUGAGGGAAACUGUAAUUCAAGUGUGAAGAAAUAUGUCGAGAAGUAAAAAAAGGUGUGUUUAGGCGACUUAUAAAAAAUGUCGUAUUGCUUUGGAAGUGGAAGCGAAUUAUUGUCUGCGUCAAAUAUCUAUUCGAUCCCAUUUUAUAUAACAAUUUUUUUCUUUAUAGGUCCGUGAAAUGGAAGAAAUCAUUAAGCGGCGCUAUCCGAACUCCCUUCCCGCUCUGAUAUAUGCGGCUGCCUCGGCACCAGGCCACGCUCAAGCUGUGACGACAGAGUCCCCUCGCAAACAAUCCCCGACUUAUGCAUUCUUAGAAAACAGAGUGAAAAAACUGGAAGCUGAGCUUGAGGAUAAAGAUGAGGAUGCGAGCAAAAGAAUUCGAUGCGUGGAACAAAAAUAUAAUGCUCUUAGAAUGGAGUACGAAGACAGAAUCAAAGAUUUAGAAAGAGAUUUGCAAAGCGCUCAAGAUCGGUACGAUACCGUGUCACGCUCAAACACGCGGGUUUUGGAAGACGAAUUGCAAACUGUGCGUGCAGAGAACGAGAGCAAAGUUCGACAACUUAAAACCGAAGUCCAAGUUUUACAAGUCGCAUUAUCAAAAGCUGAAUCAAUGGAAAUUUCGGGUGGAAAGACCAGUCGUAGAAGAAAGCUUGAGUUAGAAAAGCGUUUAAGCGAUGAUUCAAACAGCUUGAUCAAAUCUUUGCAAGAAAAAUUGGAAAAGAAGGAUUUUGAAUUGGAGGACUUGCGACAGACAUGCAACAGGCUGCAGCGAGAAAGAGAACAAAUGCUGGCCUCAGAACGCACCCAAGUGGAUAAACAAACAAGCCCCACCACAGACCCAACAGUAGAGAAUUUGACACAGGAAAACAAGCGCCUUAAAGAACAGAUGUCGCGCCUGUCACUAGAUAUGGAUCAACAGCGGGUUCGGUUCCAGGCCUCCUUGGCGGAAACCGAGCGAAGUGCUCGGCUUUCUCGUGAAGAGGCAGCUGACCAGUUGGCAAGUGCGCAGGCUCAACACAAACGUGAAAUAGAUCAGUUGAAGGCAGAGUUUGCUGUCAGUCAUGGAUCCUCUAAAAUAGCAGAGCUUAAGAGUCAGCUAGCUGGGCAAGAAAUUGUCAUACAGAGACUCAAAGCGAAAAUGGCUGAUGCUAGUGUUAAUGCCGGUGCUGUGGCAUCAGCUAAGGUAAAGAUUCUUUGUAUCAUUUAUACGUUUCUGGAAAACCGCCGACCUACCCCUCCCCUAAGUUAACUUUUUGCCCCGAGUGACAAGUACCGUAUUUAUUCAAAUAAGCGUCCAACCUCGAAUUAGCGCCCACCUCGAAUAAGCGCCCAUCCUAAAGACAGAAAAAGUGAAUAAGCACCCAGCCUCGAAUAAGCGCCCACCCUACCCUACCCCCUUUCCCCUCACACCCCCCAAAAAUUGAAUAAGUACUAAUAAGAGACUUCCCCGAAGACGGAGUUUUCUUCAGAGUAUUUUACAGAAACCUUGCUUUGUUACAUCUUAGCGUUUUGUUUUUACUAUUUAUUGUUUUGUUGCAUAAUAAACAUACUACACUUGCUGAAGUGUUGAAAAUUUAAUAAGCGCCCAGCCUUGAAUAAGCGCCCACCUCGAAUAAGCGCCCACUCUCAAGGUCCAAAAAUUUAAUAAGUGCCCAGGGCGGUUAAUCGAAUAAAUACGGUAAGUGUUAAUAUUGGCUUAGGGGAGGGCUAGGUGGGCAGUUUCCCAGACACUGAAGGAGCUGUGUCUCGAAAUUUAUCAAACUUCAGACGUGAGCUGGAACUGCCACCAAAUUCAGUGAAACAAAAAUAUCCGCUCAAAACGCUAAAGAAAAUAACACAGCAAAUACAUAACGAGGGGGCGGAUGAACAAACUUGAAGAAGAUUAAAGCGGAUUGAAAUUUUAGUUUUUUGAAAACUUGUUUGCGUAACAGUUUUUCAAAGUUCGUUUUUGUUGUUUCUAACGUUUGAUAUAAUGCUUGGCUGCAUGACAUUUUUGUUUGACAUAAGGUUGUGCUUUUUCCAGUCAAAAAUAAUUUCUCAAGUUUCAUAGCGAAUAAGGAUGCCUAACUGGCGUUGAAACAAAAUGAGCUAGCCAGCCAUGACACAGCCUCUUUAACAAAACGAUUUCUCGCGCAAUUAUUGGUCGAGAGCCAUGUGUGGUCCAUGCCUAUAGAGAGGAAUCAAUGAUGGCGCAAUUUGUUUUUCUCGGUCUAUCGCGCGCUUUUUCCACCCUUCGCCCAAGAUGAGCUUUAAAAACUUUCUUCGUUUUUGUUAAAAACAAGAGGGCAACAAUUUCAAUUCGUAUCAAACAGGGUGCUUACGUGCCUCAGCGACAUAUUACAGAGAAGACUUUUUUAAUUGAUUUGUUGAGUAGGUAGAAGAAGAUUUGCCUAACCAGUCACCUGACAACUUGAGAUUGAAGGAGUCGGGAAAUAUAUUUGAGCACUAAAAAACUUCCCUUUUCGUUUGCUACUAAUAAAUGAGAAAUUCUUUCUUAAAGUAAAAGAUUUAAGGGUAGACAGCAAACAUUCGGUUAACGAAGAAUUCUUUUCUUUCGCCUAGGUUUCCAGGCCUCAUUAGUUUAGAGAGCUUUAGAUUAGAGGACAAAAACGACUACGAGUACGAAAUUUGAUGUUAAGUUUUUUCCCGUAUUCUCAAAAAGUCGACUCCCCCUAAAGUUUCAUUUUACUAUUCUUUUCAAGAAAAGUUAGCACUAUUAUCUAAAUUAAAGAAGGUUAAACCCUCUCCCGAUUACAAAAUGAUAAAAUUUCUUACAUUUGAUAACUCGCUUCCGUCACUACGACAUCCUCUCUAAAACUCGUAGCAGAAUGACGACAGCUAUCACGUUUUCCCGCCAAAAUAACACUGGUUCACGCGCGUACACUACUUAGUCGUAAUCUCGCCCUCGAAGCUUCAGCUCUCUAUUAGUUUACAUGGUCAAUUCUACUGUACGUCACCUGUGAGAUCCUCGAACAUUACUUACAGUUGCUUGGCAAUGACUUGCAUUUUCGUACGUUUUAGGUUCGAGAAGAGUCUCUUCAACAACAGGUUAACCAACUUCAAGUGGACUUAAGACGUGCUAAGGAAAGGUUUUCACCAGAAAUGAAACAGUUUGAUUCUCUGGAAACAAAAAUAGCUGCUAUGGAACAAAGACAUUCGCAGAGAGAAGUAGACUUGCAACGAAUUAUCGAGAAAACACAUUUAACAGCAAAAAUCGAGAAGGAAGAAACGGAGGCGAAAUGGAGACAAGUUGUGCGACAGAAAAAUCGGGAGAUUGAAAAAUUUCGCUAUGAACUUGACGCUAUUCUUGAAAUACUAAGCGAGCUUAAACGUCAAGGAGUAGUGAUACCUUUACGAAAUGAAGAGGGAUAUGUUCCUUGA